AUGGAUAAUCACCAAAAGAGGAAUCUAACUUUUCUCACCAUCGGGCUGAUAUUUAUGCUGAGCGGCAUUGAGUACGCCGUCAUUCUGCCCACAAUAUGGAAGUAUCUCCAGAUUUUGGAGGCCCCCCCAUACUUCCUGGGUCUGGGUCUGUCUGCCUUCAGUCUGAGCGGGCUGCUCACAGGCCCGCUUUUCGGGCUCUGGUCAGACCGGAGCAAAACUACAAAGUCCAUCAUCCUUUUCUCCAAUCUGUUUGAGAUCGCCGGUAACUUCAUGUAUUUUCUCGGAUAUUCAAAGUGGCUGUUGUUGUGCAGUCGUAUUGUAGCAGGUGUCGGUGCAGGAGCGGGCUCCUCCAUCUUUGGUUUCCUCACUCGGAGCACGCUGCCGGAGGAGCGCGCCGGCAUCUUCGCAGCCAUCAUGGCCUGCCGACAAGCCGGCCUCCUCGUCGGGCCGGCGUUCAACCUGUUCCUGCGGCUGUGUGAUUUCAAGCUGGGGCCCUUUGUUGUGAACAAAUACACGUCUCCCGGGAUCUUCAUGUGCCUGUUGUGGGUGCUGCUCCAGUUUGUCGUCCUGGCUAUGUACUGGGACGUACCACCCAUCGGCUCAGAGGGGGGAGCGGUGAUGCUGGAGAUGAAACAAGGGGAGGGAAAUGAGGAGGAGGUGCCGCUGAUGGGGUCCGACGAGGAGCCGGCGCACACCUACAGAGCUGUCCACUCAGACCAACUCGAGACCUCCAGCUCAUCUGAGACGGAGCCCGUCCUCAGCGCCUCGGCGGUCUCGAACCCCUUCAAAAACUUCAGCGCCAGCAGAGAGUUCCUGCGAGAGGAGGUGGUUGUUCUCCUCACGGCUCAGUUCAUCACUCUCUUCAAUCAGACAGCGCUGGAGACCAUGGUGACUCCUCUGACGCAGCGCUACUUUAGCUUUGCCGAGCUGGCCAACAGCCUGAUGUACAGCCUGUGCGGGGUGGAGGUCAUCCUGGGCUUCUUCUUUGUGCGCUGGCUGAGCAGGAAGGUGGCGGACCGCGCCGUGCUGGCUGUGGGCCUGGUCAUCUGUUGCGCCGCCUGUAUCUGGUGCCUCAUCUUCCUCUGCAACCCCCGAGGUGGUUAUGGAUGGGAGCUGUCGGCCUUCAUCAUCGGAGUGUUUCUGCAGCUGCUGGGGCUUCCCUUUGUGGCCGUGUCUCAGGUGUCUCUCUUCUCCAAAGUCACUGCAGAGAAAACACAAGGAUUCAGCCAAGGUGUCAGACGCUCGGUUGGGGGCCUGGCCACCAUCCUGGGUCCUUUGUGGGCUGGUGGACUGACCAGUAAUUUGUACAUAAUGCUGGGCAUGAUGCUAGCUCUCCUCAUAAUGAUCACAGUUAUGACAGCGCUGUCCUACGAGCGGCUGAUGGAGCCCAGGGCAGUGCGGUACGCUCAGAGCUCUGACAGCGGAGGAUAG